GGUUCACUUACUAGUUCAGGUUAGGUUUCUAAAUAACGAAAAUGUAUAUUACUGCGUAUCGCGGUGAAAAAUGUGCAUUUUUUAAAUAACAUAGCUGUUAAGCGAUAAACUAUUGUGAUUUUGGAAUUAGAUAAACUUUAAUUCGACUAGAAAUGACUGUGGACGGUGCAAUUAAUAAUGAGCAAGUGAUUUUCGUAACAGGAGGUUAUGAUCACACAAUCAAAAUCUGGCAACCACAUACGGGUGUUUGCCAGCGUACAGCACAACAUGCAGAUUCUCAAGUUAAUGCAUUAGACAUUACACCUGAUAAAUAUGUAGUUGCUGCUGCUGGAUAUCAGCAUAUACGGAUGUAUGACUUAGCUUCAAAUAAUCCCAAUCCUGUUAUUAAUUAUGAUGGAGUAUCAAAGAACAUUACUGGCUUAGGUUUUCAGGAAGAAGGAAAAUGGAUGUAUACUGGUGGGGAAGACUGUUCAGCAAGGAUAUGGGACAUGAGGUCCAGCAGUUUUCAAUGCCAAAGAAUAUUUCAAGUUACUGCACCUGUGAACUGCGUAUGUCUACAUCCAAAUCAGGCAGAAUUGAUUGUUGGGGAUCAGAGCGGAGUGAUACAUUUAUGGGAUUUACGUUCAGAUCAUAAUGAGCAAUUGAUUCCCGAGGCUGAAUCUUCAAUUCAAGAUAUCGCAAUAGAUCAGGAUGGUACUUAUAUGGCAGCUGUGAACAACAAGGGACACUGCUAUAUCUGGACACUUACAGGAGGCAUUGGGGAAGAACCCACAAGAUUAAAUCCUCGUCAUAAACUUCUGGCUCAUAAGCGUUAUGCUCUUCGUUGCAAAUUCAGUCCUGAUUCUACAUUAUUGGUAACUACGUCGGCCGAUCAGACCGCCCGAGUGUGGAGAACAACGGACUUUUCCGAAGUACAAGUACUUCAACACGAGGCGAAGCGUUGGGUCUGGGAUGCAGCAUUUAGUGCAGAUUCUCAAUAUAUAUUUACUGCGUCCUCGGACGGAGUCGCGAGGUUAUGGAACGCAUCUACAGGAUCAAUAGAACGGGAAUAUCAAGGACACCAGAAAGCCGUUACGGCUCUUGCUUUUCGCGACGAAAUUGUUUCCGCAAGCUAAACAAAAACCAGAUAUAUAUAUAUAUAUAUAUAUAUAUAUAUAUAUAUAUAUAUAUAUAUAUAUAUAUGAGAUACAAAACAGACAUUUUUUAAUUUUUAAAAAUUCUUGAAAAUUGAAAAUUGUGUAUUCACGAUUCUGGUGUAAGAAAAUUUUGUUACAUAUACAUAUAUUUAUAUUUUCGUUUUUUUAAUAAUACUUUAUGUAUUACUUGUGAAAUUGCGGAAACUCGAAAACGAACUAGCUUUGCUAAGACUAUAAAGGAGAGAAAUCUAAAAUAUCUUAUAUUGAAGAAAUUUGACGGAAGAUUCGCUUAACAAUGUACAAAAAAACUCGAUAUAAUAAUAAUUUAAUAAUCUAUUAAUUAAAAUAUCAUUAAAAUA